GUCAAAGUUCAGACUUGGUUUGACAAUGUAGAAGACAGUGAAUAUGUUGGUGUGGGGGCCAGGUUUGGUCCACCCAUUGUUUCGAAAGAGAAACACGCGAACAGAACUCGGCUUAUCUUAUCGAAUCCUCCAGAUUGCUGCACCCAACCCAAAAAUAAGAUUUCUGGCGAUGUUCUCUUAGUUCACCGUGGCAAUUGCAAGUUUACAACUAAGGCUAGAAUUGCAGAAGCUGCUGGUGCAUCUGCCAUCUUGAUUAUAAAUAAUCGCAAAGAGCUGUACAAGAUGGUUUGCGAACACAAUGAGACAGGUGUAAAUAUUAAUAUAUCUGCAGUUAUGCUGCCGCAAGAUGCAGGCGCAAGCUUGGAAAGCAUUCUAGCUAGUAAUCGCUCUGUUGCAGUGCAACUAUAUUCUCCAGAUCGCCCUUUGGUGGACACAGCAGAAAUUUUUCUGUGGCUAAUGGCUGUUGGCACUAUCUUGUGCGCUUCUAUUUGGUCAGCAUGGAGCUCGAGAGAGGCAGCUAUUGAACAUGAAAAACUUCUAAAGGAUGCACCAAAUGAUUUACUCAACAUGGAAUCAACUGGCUCUGGAGGUGUUGUUGAUAUCAAUACAAUGUCAGCAAUUCUAUUUGUUGUGAUCGCGUCAGGCUUUUUGAUUAUGCUUUAUAAACUCAUGUCCACAUGGUUCGUGGAAAUUUUGGUGGUUCUAUUUUGCAUCGGCGGAGUAGAGGGCUUGCAAACAUGUCUAGUUGCUUUAUUAUCCAGGUGGUUUAAGCAAGCUGGAGAGUCAUUUGUUAAAGUGCCUUUUUUUGGAGCAGUUUCGUACCUCACACUCGCGAUUACCCCUUUCUGCGUAACUUUUGCAGCAGUUUGGGCUGUUUAUCGCCAGAGGUCAUAUGCGUGGAUUGGCCAAGAUAUUCUUGGCAUCACUUUGAUACUUACUGUCAUUCAAAUAGUGCGAGUACCUAAUCUCAAGGUUGGUACUGUGCUUCUCAGUUGUGCCUUCCUUUAUGACAUCUUUUGGGUUUUUGCUUCCAACUGGUUCUUCCAUGAGAGUGUAAUGAUUGUGGUUGCACGUGGUGAUAAGAGUGGAGAAGAUGGAGUUCCUAUGCUGCUUAAGAUCCCUCGCAUGUUUGAUCCUUGGGGUGGAUAUAGUAUUAUUGGCUUUGGUGACAUCCUUCUUCCUGGGCUGCUAAUUGCAUUUUCAUUAAGGUAUGAUUGGGCAACAAAAAAGAAUCUCAAGGCAGGUUACUUCCUAUGGUCAAUGGUAGCUUAUGGAUCAGGUCUUCUAAUCACCUAUGUUGCUCUGAAUUUAAUGGACGGGCAUGGUCAACCGGCUCUUCUCUACAUUGUGCCCUUUACGCUUGGCACGUUUUUAUCAUUGGGUUGGAAAAGAGGUGAAUUAUGUAACCUUUGGAUAAAAGGGCAGCCAGAUAGGGUCUGCCCACAUAUUCAAGCUAUUGCUCAGUAGAUGACGCAGCAGCUACUGAUCUAUGAUAUUGUGAAUUGAAGGCUAUAAGAAUCAGAUGUUGCCUUGAGGCUCUUCUUCUAUAGCAAACUGUAUAUUAUUGAUAUGUGGAGGCACUGUUUUAUAUAUAUAUAAAAAUAGUCUCAGCUAACUUAUGAGCUUGUUAUUAAGAACUUUGUUUUGAAUGUU